UACACUGUUCCCACCAUGCCCCGUCCCGGAGUCUUCAUCCUCCUCCUCUUCCUUCUCGUCCUGCCCAUGACGGCCUGCUACUGCCGCCAGGCAAUGGUGAAGGAGUGCAAGGAGCACACGGCCUUCGUGCCUGGCCACGGCCUGGUGGGGGAAGGCUUUGACAUCACCACUCUGGCCCAGAAGGGUGCCUACGUGGUGGAUGCCGGGCGGUGGGAGAGGCAAAGUGGGACCUGCACCCUGUGCAUCAAUACGCUCCAGAACAGGAGUCUCCAGCGCCUCCCCGUGGCUUUGGAUGAUUGGAAAGUGCAUGGCUCAUGCCAGAAGAGGGUGGCCAGCUACUUGCGCUACUCAGCUGUGGAGGUAGUCCAAGAGGCCAGCAAGGCUGUGGAAAAUGACUGGUGGGUGGGGCUCCAGGUGGCCAUCCCUUUACAGGCACACACACAGGUGGCACUGGCUGGGUCCCGCUCCAAGACGGCUAUAUUCAGCAUGGACAAGGCCCGGCAGGACAAGUACUCCUUCGCCAGUCAUGAGGUCUUCUGCCAGUACUACUGGUUCCGCAUCAUAGACAAUCCCCUGCUCUCCCAUCACUUCACCCGGGCUGUGAGGGACCUCCCCGAGGACUACACCCCAGCCUCGCGCCCCGAAUACCACCAGUUCAUCGCCGCCUAUGGCACCCACUACCUCAACCAGGUCCACCUGGGGGGCCGCAUCCGGGAUGUCACAGCUGUUAAGACCUGUCAGACGGCACUGGAUGGGCUGACAGCUGAUGAGGUCAUGGACUGCUUGAAUGUGGAAGUGGCCAUGAGCAUCGGGAAGGGAAGAGGGAAGCUCGAGCCCACUGCCAGGGUGUGCCAGGAUCAGCGUCAGAAGGAGAACCUCAAGACAAGCUUCCAUGAGGCCUACCAUGAGUGUUACACUGAGGUCGUUGGUGGCCACAAGCACACGGACUUGCUCUUUUCCAACAGGCGGGAUGCCAGUGCUUACACCAGCUGGCUGGAAAGCCUCAAAGUCAACCCUGGCUUGGUCUCCUACUCCCUGGCACCUCUCCACGUCUUGGUUAAGAAGCAGGAUCCAAGGAGAUGGGCUCUCCAGCAAGCAGUGAGUGAGUACAUCCGUGACCAGGCCUUGUGGAGGAACUGCACCCAGCCAUGCCCACCGGGCACGCAUCGUAGCACCAAGGACCCCUGCUCCUGUCUCUGCCCUGGGGAUGCUGUGGCCAACACUGUGUGUUGCUCCCGGAAGCGGGGCCUGGGGAAGCUGGAGGUCACCAUCAAAUGUGGCCAAGGCCUGUGGGGAAAUACCUUCACCCAGACGGAUGCCUACAUCAAGGUCUUCUACCAGGAUAGGUUGAUUCAAACCAGCACCGUGAAGGACAACAACAACCCCGUCUGGAACAUCAGCCUAGAUUUUGGGCCCGUGAAGGUCACUGAGGCCUCCAAGCCGAAGGUACAGGUGUGGGACAAGGACUUUGGGUGGGAUGAUGACCUCCUGGGGACCUGUAAUGAACCUGUAGUGGCUGGCACCUCCCAGGAAAAGACCUGCUACCUGACCCACGGUAAGCUGGAGUACCAGUAUGAGCUGCAACGCGGGCCCAGUUUGGGGGGGGAACAGUGUCAGGACUAUGUCCCCCAGCCCCCUGGCAUUGCUGUUAACUGGACCUGGAUUGGGCGAGCUGUGGGAGAGAAGAAUGGAGAUGAAUCAAAUAGAGGUGGGGCUGGAAAGGACCUCCGGGGGUCACCUCUAGUCCAACUGCUGGCCAGAGGCAGAAACAACUGA